UAAUCUCUCUCACUCUCUCCUCUCUUCACUACCAAGGAGCUUUAGAGAGGAGCUCCUAGGAACACAAGGCCAAACAUAAACAUUGGAAGACACACACACACAGAAAAUUGAGAGGGCUCGCACCAGGAUCUAUUCUGUCAAUAUUUAAAAGAAAAGUAGAUUUGUUCUUGACCACCAGGGGGACACUUUGAAGGGGAUUCUUUCAGUCCAGCAAAUCUGAAAAAAAUCACAACCUCUGCAAUCAGCAUGGAGCUUCAGAAGAUGAACGGACACAGCAAGGACAAUGGGUUUGACGGUCUGGAUGGCUUGGCUGAACACGACGAGUUUCUCCCCCACAAAGCUGGAGUCAAGAAGGAAAACCACUUCACAGAUUUCGAGGGGAAGACUUCUUUUGGCAUGUCCAUCUUUAACCUCAGUAACGCUAUUAUGGGCAGUGGGAUUCUGGGAUUGGCUUUUGCGAUGGCCAACACCGGAAUUAUUCUUUUUCUGAUGCUGCUGGUGUCCAUCGCCCUUCUGUCUGCAUAUUCAAUUCAUCUCCUGUUGAAAAGUGCUGGAGUUGUCGGUAUCCGUGCUUAUGAACAGCUGGGAAAUCGGGCUUUUGGCACCCCGGGAAAAAUACUGGCAGGGUGCAUCAUUUCAGUACACAACAUUGGAGCGAUGUCCAGCUACCUCUUUAUCGUCAAAUCUGAGCUCCCUUUGGUUAUUCAAGCCUUCCUCAGUAAACAGGAAAACACGGGAGAGUGGUUCUUGAAUGGAAACUACUUGAUCAUAAUAGUUAGUGUUGCCAUCAUCCUUCCUCUUGCACUCAUGAAACAACUUGGUUACCUGGGCUACACGAGUGGCUUCUCCCUCUGCUGCAUGGUGUUCUUCGUCAUUUCAGUUAUCUUCAAGAAAUUCAACAUCCCGUGUCCCCUGGUUGAUCAACAUCAAAACAACUUUACAAGUGUUAAUGUUAUCAAACACAUGAAUGUGACAGACGACUUCUGUGAGCCCAAAAUGUUUACCACUAACUCACAGACAGCGUACACCAUCCCAAUUCUGGCCUUUGCUUUCGUCUGCCACCCCGAGGUGCUGCCAAUCUACACCGAGCUACGAGACGCCACCAAGAAACGAAUGCAGAACAUCGCUAACGUCUCCAUCAUGGCCAUGUUCUUCAUGUACCUAAUAACGGCUCUUUUUGGUUACCUCACGUUUUUUGGUGCUGUGGAGUCAGAGAUGUUACACACCUACAGUCAGGUGAACGCCCUGGAUGGCCUGAUGCUUUGUGUACGUCUGGCCGUGCUGGUGGCCGUCACUCUGACCGUCCCCGUUGUUCUUUUCCCGAUCCGCAGGGCCUUGCUGCAGAUGUUCUUCCCUAACAAGCCUUUCAGCUGGCCGGUGCACAUCGGCAUUACAUUUUGUCUCCUGUUUGUGGUCAACCUGCUGGUUAUCUUUAUGCCCUCCAUCCGCGACAUAUUUGGAUUCAUUGGAGCCACAACUGCCCCCAGCCUCAUCUUCAUCCUUCCUGCAAUCUUCUACAUCCGUAUCAUUCCUGAAGACCAGGAACCUUUGAAGUCCAGACCUAAGAUUCAGGCUGCAUGUUUUGCUGCGUUGGGAGUCGUCUUCAUGGUCAUGAGUUCGUCGUUUAUCAUCAUCGACUGGGUGACCGGGGAGUCUCGGAGCAGAGGCGGACACUAACUGUCUCAACAGAGAAACUAAACGAACACAAUGCCAUCCCAAACUCUCCCUGUUAUUAAACCCCUCCUCUCUUUUAAAGCCAAAUAGGAAAACAAAAGUUUGGCAGCACAAGAUGAAGGAUAUGUGAAGUUCUCCUAUACAACAGAAAAAAUAAUAAUGGAGAUAAAUGAGAAUACAAAGAAAUGUGUUCUGACUGAAUACAAAGGCAUGCCUCGCUAUAAGGAUGUUUGGAGGCAUGUGUAGAAAUGCAGCCAAAGGAUGAACGGGAACAACUUGACUCAAAUGGAAAUUCCAUUUAGAGUAUGGAUGUGUAAAGUUCCUUUCGACACACUUCCCCACGCAGAAAUUUGUGUCGUAUUUUGUCACUUGCUUUUCCCGGGAGUUUGCAUACAUAAAUGAAAAUUUCAGUUGUCCAUCCAUCAGUUGCUGUUUCAAUAUACAUUCAGGACUGUCAAAAAUGCUGGUGCUUUGUGUCCAAAUUACCCCAAACUUUCAAAGAAGCUGCAAAAUACGAGCAGUGAGGCUGAGGCCAGACUAACCAUACCUAAACACACUUUUCAAUGACUUGUACAUGGAGUUUAACAUUUUCUUAAUGUGACUUUUUUAAUCUAUACUGACACUUAACAUGACUCCUGUAGAAGUGAUCAUCUUCAAAGCUGAGCCUGUGGUGGUCUUUUAUAAAUAAUACAACAGAAAUGGUGCAAUGUGUGGUGUUCAGCUGCUAUCUAUGAAGGUCAAACACACAGUUAAAGACAAUCACAUGUGAAUCAACAGAGAUGGUUUGUACAGUUUUUUAUGUAUUCCUGAAAAAAAAAACGUUAAAACCCAGAGAUUAUACUUUUGUGUCAUAUUGAAAGAGGGUCUAUCACACUUUUUAAAAAAUUAAUUAAGCGGGGAAAAAUCCAUUUAAAAAGUGUACAUGAAAUAAUGUCAGUGUUAAUGAAGACGUCUGUUAUAGCCGCCCCAGAAACUGUUUAGUAUGGUGAAUAAUGACCUAUGGGUUUUUAAGUUUUAAACUUGUUUAAAAUUUGACUUACAAACAUGUUUUGACCUUUUUUUUGUUAAUUUGAAUGUUGAUAUCUGUCAAUAAAAUGUGUCUUUCAUUUGUA